AUGGCCAGCAGCGACCUCGUCACCGUCCUCGCCGACGGUUCCUUUGAGGACCAGAUUGUCGAAUGCUCGGCCUUCCUCUCCAGAUCGCACCCGGAGGCCUCCCGGUCCGAGUUCAUCGCCAACUUCCAGAAGAAGGCCGCAGAAGCCGAGCCCCAGCCCACCGAGGAGGGCGCACAGGCUGCUGCGGACCCCGUCAAGAAGCAGGAGGUCGUCAAGAGCCUCGUCGCCGAGGUCAAGUCGCUCGGCGAAGGGUCCGACCGCGAGAUGGAGGGCGUCUUCAACCUCAUCAGCUCGCUCGUCCUCUCGACGUUUGCCACGCCCGAGGAUGAGGGCGCACGACAGUCGCUCCUGAGCCAGCUCGCCUCUGCCCUGGUCUCCGAGGGCCCGACAGAGAAGAACCUCGUCCGAUACCGAAUCCUGUCCAACAUCUUCAACACGCUGCCGGCGCGAUCUGCGCUCCGCCUCGACCUCUUCAACGCCCUGCUCAGCCUCGCCUCGAAGAACGACGACCUCGACUUCCUCGCGUCUGCGCUGGCGAGCCUGCCACAAUGGCUCGCCGAGUGGCAGGUGUCGGACGAGGCCAAGUCGGCGUGCCUGGAAAAGGUGGCCAAGGCGCUCGAGUCGGCAGAAAAGGAGCACGACCAGGGCUCCAAGGCGUACCAGUACCUCGUCCUCCACCUGCGCUUCAUCUCGCUCAACCGCUCGGCGUCGGCGGAUGCCAAGGGGGCCGCCGAGAGGACGGUGGCCAGCGCGCUGCGGCUCAACAAGAUGUACGAGUUUGAGGACCUGAUGAAGAUCCAGGCGGUGCUCGACCUCAACGGCUCGCCCGUGUUUGAGCUGCUCAAGAUCUUUGUCGGCGGAUCGGCCGAGGACUUUGACGCGUGGCUCGGCAAGGGUGGCAAGCAGGAGCUCGAGCGUCUCGGCCUUUCCGAGGCUGAGCUGUCGCGCAAGAUCCGGCUGCUGGACCUGGCCGGUCUGUGCGCGCGCAGCGUGUCGACCGAGGUGGCGUACAGCGAGAUUGCCAAGACGCUCAAGGUGUCGGAGGACGACGUCGAGACGUGGGUGAUUGACGUGAUCCGCGCCGGGCUCGUGUCGGGCAAGCUGUCGCAGGUCAGUUCGUCGUUCCGCGUGUACCGGUCGGCGCACCGCACGUUUGGCCAGGAGCAGUGGCAGGCGCUCGAGACGCGGCUGGUGCAGUGGCAGUCGAGCAUCAACAACAUCCUCGAGACCAUCGGACGAACUCGCGGUGGUCAGACUGCUGGCAUCUCUGGUGCCGAUGCCGCCGCCGCCCAGGCCGAGGCUUCGGCAUGA